AUGUUGUAUAUUUUGUUUUUCGUUAUUAUCCUGAUCGGCCUGCUACCAGCUUGUAGCCCCUAUGACACAUCUGAUCCCAAUGUCAAGUGCUCUCUACCCAGGGCGGGGCGAGCUGAUUGUAACAAGGCAUACCGGCAAAUUAUAUACGAAGCCGAUUUGACGCUUGACACAUCGGAAUAUAUCGUUGAAAGAAUUUUUGGAAACUGCGCUAUCAUGGUGGAUAAUCCCAAUACUCAUAAACUAACAAAGCAAACCAUUGAAGAUGGUUUCAAUAAACUUCUGGGACAUUGCAAAAAUAAUUCUGGUUAUUUUAAUCUGACAGCUCCCAAUGACAAAGUUGCACUGAUCAUCAGAUCCCGACAGCCCCUUCCCACAGUUGAGAUGGAUGCCCCAUUCAAAGUGCCAAUAUGUUAUAGAACUUCAACAGUUUUACGACCAGAUGAUUGUAACACGGCCUAUGACAGACUCCCCACAAAUAACAAGGGAGUUUUUGUUGACAGUCAACAAUCCCCAGUUGAUGUUCAGGCUUCAACCUUCCAAUCUUGCUCUGUGGCUGUAUACUCAUCAGAUGGAUCAGUAAUGACAAUGACCAAACAAACUGUUACACCACUCUUUAAACAGCUCCUUCCAAAGUGUAGUAAUACAGCAGCUGGUAUGAUUUUACCAGGGGGUGUCCAAGGUAGAAAUGGAAGAUUUCAAAUAAUUAUUCGCAGGCCGCUAUAA